ACGAGAAUGAAUGAGUUGCGGAAGAAAUUUGUUCACCACCAGAGAUCAAUCUCCACUCUUUGAUACAGCAUUCCGCAUUUUCUCUCAGGUCAAAGAAUUUAUAUAGAAAAUCAUGGGGGUUCCUCAAGCAAUGGAGGCCGUGGCAGGCAGAGCAGAGCUCAUACGAGAGUCUCUCCAGAAGAGCCAGACCGUCACCGACAGCAUGGUCGCCAUUCUCGGCUCCUUCGACCACCGCCUCUCCGCCCUCGAAACCGCCAUGCGUCCCACCCAGAUAAGAACGCAUUCGCUUCGGAGGGCGCAUGAGAACAUUGACAAGACAUUGAAGCGAGCAGAGGUUAUACUGGAGCAAUUUGACCAUACACGCAAGGCAGAGGCUAAAAUAUUGAGAGGGCCACAUGAGGACCUGGAAAGUUAUUUGGAAGCAAUUGAUCAGUUGAGAAGCACCAUCAACUUUUUCAAGAUCAAUAAGACUCUCAAGAGUAGCGAAGGGGUCAUUAAUCAUGCCAAUAACUUGCUUAAUAAGGCAAUCUCAAAGCUUGAAGAUGAGUUUAGACAGCUGCUUGCAAAUUACAGGUUCGUUUUGUGCCACAUUCAACUCCCACUUGCAUUGAUACACCUCACUCGCAAGAAGCAGUGUUUCUCAAGUUCCGGUGUCUAUUUCGAUAGUAGUGAGUUAAAUUCGUGCUCUUCCCUUUUAGAGAGGAAGGCUGUCUGCGGUGUUUGA